GCAAAAUAUAUGUCGUACAGGGAUGAUUUAAUUCUAAAAAUAAAGACACGUACAUUUUCCGAAAAUCAUUCAGUUUGCAAUUGAAACCAAUCAAGUAGUCUUGGGUAAUUACAGGACGAACUAUACUCGAAAGAUUAUUUUUGGCUGACAAAAAGAUGCCAAAACAUCGGAAUGCUUCACUAGAAGCGAAGUUUGAAUAUCGACGAGAACAUCCUGACAAAUUUCGGUAUGUUUGCAAAACAUGCGUUCCUGAACGUCGUUUCGAGCUUAUCGAACACAAAAACAGCCACGAUAGAAAAAAACAUGGAAGUCUGAUACCAGCGACAACACAUUCUUUUGCAUAUUCAUUGCCACAAUCACUUCCAACUUCCAGCGUCUCUGCUUGUUCUCCAACUUUGAGCUCCAUUUCAGCGACGGAACUAAACUUAUUCGUCCAAAUGGAAAUAGAACCAGACACGGCUUAUAACCAAAGCUGUAAAGCCGUGGUCGAUCGACUCUGUCAGUUUAUGCAAAACAACUUUCCAGAUCAAUUAAGGCCUUCAGAAGUUAGAAAGAGUGGGUCACUAGGAAAAGGAACGGCAGUUAAAGGGAAGUCGGACGCCGAUCUUGUUGUUUUCCUAGCAAAUUUUCGUACCAUGUCAAAUCUACAAGACAAUCUAAGGGAUAUUUUAGCUCGAAUGAGAGUGCACCUCGGUACAUACGGUGGGUGUGACGUUGAAGGUACAACAUUGCACGCAGUGAAGGUCUCCGUUAAUUGUCAUGGUCACUCUCACAGUGUCGACAUACUUCCAAGUGCUGAUAUCCUAAAAUACAAUUCAAAGAAUGCCAUUUAUGCAGAAAUGGCGUCCUCUUCUCCUGCUGCAAGAGAAUACUACUCUGCUGCCCUCGCACCACUUCAAGUCGACUUUGUCUCUGGGGUUCCAACAAAAGUCAAGACAUUAAUUCGAUUGAUCAAAUACUGGAGAAAAACAGAAUUUGAGGAAAGUACAGGUCUUCAGAGAUUACCAUCGUCCUACCCACUGGAACUGAUAGUCAUCGGGGAAUGGGAAGAUGCUGGUAGACCACAAAACUUUAAUCUCUGCAAAGGAUUCUACCACGUAUUGAGAGCAAUUGCUCACUACAGGAGUCUGAAGCACGCAUGGACUAUAAAUUACCAAUCCAACCAUGUCAGCAGUGAUGAAUACUAUGUGGUUGACCCUGCAAAUCCUUUCAACAACGUCAUGAAAGCCUGUAAUUGCUGGGACAUUGUUGCAGAGAAAGCAAGGGAAUAUUUGCAAAAGCCAUUGUUCCGACAAUGUUCUAAUUUGGACGGCUGGGUGUAAACACAUCAACCAUUUAAAUCUUCAGAGAUAAACCCUCGCAAAUUUGGAGAAUAUUUUAACUGUUAAUUAGUUGUAAAGAAUUCUUCAAUCAAAAAACUUAAACAACGCCUUAGUUUACACUUGACAUUUUUUGCGUGUUACUGUUAAAUUUAGAAACAUUAAAACCUUAAAAAAAACUAUAUAUUAACUGAUUUUUUUUUUGUUUGUAGUGGAGAUAAUUUAGUCAGUUGUAACAUCACUUGCAAUAAAUUGCUUACCAUAAAUAAAUUGAAAACUUACUUAUUUAAUCAAAUUUCUUGAUUAUAUAUUAACACUAUAAUGAUAUGCUAAAAAAGUAAAUAUAAAUGUACUGAAAGGUGGGCUUUUUUAAUGUGCAGUU